AUGGACAACGUGAACGUGAACGUGAACGUGAACGUGGACGUGGACGUGAACGUGGACGUGGACGUGGACGUGAACGUGGACGUGAACGUGGACGUGGACGUGGACGUGGACGUGGACGUGAACGUGGACGUGGACGUGCACGUGAACGUGGACGUGGACGUGGACGUGGACGUGGACGUGGACGCGAACAUUGAUACGUGGACGUGGACGUGA